AUUAUCCACACGUCCUUCCCUCGGCAUCCUUUUUGCGCUGUGUUUGUGGAGACGGGCUGGAACCUGACGGUUCUGCUCGCCACGCAAAUUAUAAAUGACAAAAAAAUAAUAGUAAUAACAAAAUCUAACAAGCGCGCGCGCGCCAAACUUUGUCGAGGCGCCCGCUGGUGUUUUCCCAUUUCCUGCCAGUCCCCAUCUAGAAGGGCUCUCUAUCUAAGACAUCUUUUGAUUUUUUUUUAUUUUUUUCUUCCUCUUCCUCCUCUGUGUGCCGACCCCCUUCAUGUGGCACCGCCAGCACACACGCCAAGGAUCCGCACAGGCAGCUGGUGUUGACUGGAAGUGAAGCUGAUCUGGACAAACCAGCUGAAACUUUCCCUGGUUUGUUUUGAACUGUAGCCGCUGCUCAGAUUUUUUUUUCUCUCCUCUCCAUCCUUUUCCUGCGCGUAGCCUCUCACUUUUUUUUUUCUUCCUUCCUUCCUUCCUCGGUGUGUGAGCGUGUUUGUGGCGCCUCCCUGCUCCUCAACAGAUCUUCACCAUGCAUCUCCACCUGCACCUCCUGACUGCUGCAGCUUGAGUAAAUAAUAAUAAUAAUAAUAACAAUAGUAGUAGUAGGAAUAAUAAUAAUAAUAAAAACAGCCCGAGGUUUCCUCCCCUGAGCCCAGCCGGCUAACCCUCCUCCAGGUUCCGACUCUGGACGGUGCGUCAUGCCGCCACACCUGAAGUGCAAAUCGGUUCCGCUGCUGGACCGCGACGUGUCUUUAUAAGUGGAUCUACUCUGGUUUUUUUUUUUCCCUCUCUUUGCUUUGAGGGAGAGGUGGGUAUGCUCUGCUCGUCUCUGGAGAACAUUGGCAAAGAGCAGAAAGUAGAGAAGAGCGACUAGAGAGAAGGAAGGAAGGAAGGAAGGAAGAAGGUUUCGCCCUCACAGAGACUGUAACUUAGUUGUAGAUGUUCGAUCAGGCCACGGCUAUGGGCGAUGGGAGCCACCGCUGUGGACCCAACCCGCUGGACAGGAUGGAGGGCAAGUGCCGCCCCGACAUGGGCAGCAGGUCCCCCGUGCAGAGCUCCACCGACACUCCGGGGACCUCCGCGUCCACGCCGACGUCCUCCAGCGAGGACGGGCACGACAAACUUCUGGGAGUGGACCCGGACUACUGUCGCCGGAUAUUAGUGAGGGACGCCAAAGGCACCAUCCGGGAGAUAGUCCUGCCUAAGGGCCUGGACCUGGACCGGCCCAAACGCACUCGGACGUCCUUCACGGCCGAGCAGCUGUACCGCCUGGAGCUGGAGUUCCAGCGGUGCCAGUACGUGGUGGGCCGGGAGCGCACGGAGCUGGCCCGGCAGCUGAACCUCUCGGAAACACAGGUGAAGGUCUGGUUCCAGAACCGUCGGACCAAGCAGAAGAAGGACACCACCAAGGACUCGGACAAGCGCUCCUCCUCCACGUCAGAGUCUCUGGCCACCUGCAACAUCCUGCGCCUCCUGGAGCAGGGCCGCCUUCUGUCGGGGCCCGCCCCGCCCCCAAACUCCCUCCUGGGGCACCCGGCCCACCCCACGAACGGCUCCCUGCUGGGCAGCCCUGGCGGCGGCUCCUCCUCCUCCCCGGGCAUCAGCAGCAGCACCUCGCCCAGCUCCCUACCCGGCGGGACGUUCGGGCUCUCGCUGCCGUCUCUGGGCGGCACGCCGUCUUCGCCGCGGCUUGGGGUCCCGCCGCCGCACUCCCUCUGCUUCUCCAUGCCCCUGCUGGGGGGGGCCCAUCACGAACUGACGUCCACCUACGGCUGCGGGUCGUCAGCCUUCGAGCCGUACAUGCGGCUGGAUAGGAAGGAGGCGGAUCUAGGUGGGAAGAAAACGGUUUCCUAAGCGGACCUGAAGCGUGUGGGAUGUGACUUCAGGAGCCUCAUCCGGCCACCGGACAGGCAAAGAAAACCUGUGACCGGCAGUGACGGGGUCGCUCUCUGGCAGCAUCAUUUUGUGUACAAUGAUUAAAAAAAAAAAAGAAAAAAGAAAAGACUUGGUGAAAAGUGUUACACUUUGUUUUUGUUUUUUUUGUUGGAGAAUUGCUGUGUUUGUUGCAGACAGAUGUUUUUAUCAUCACUCUCUUUACUGUAGUUUUAAGUCACUUUUUGUCCAGUGAGUUUGUGUGUGUGUGUGUGUGUCUGUGUGUGUGUGUGAUAUUCCCCCCAGCCCCCCUCUCUUUAUGGGCCUUUUUUUGCUGUUCAGGAAGGAAAAAAACAACAAAAACAAAAAAUAUACUUGACAUGAAUAAUUUGAAGCCGUUCUCAGCAGAGACUGGAACAGGAGAGGCGUUGAGUUUCGGUUCCGGGUUCUGUGGCGAGGCCCGGUUUUCGCUUCAGCUGAGCUCAGUGUCUGGAUGAGAUGAGCAGUAAUUACAUCAUACAGAUCCUGUUCAAGUGGCCAUGUUUGACUUUUAGUUAACGCGCCAUCACCGUAGAAAAGAAACACACACACACACACAGAAAAAAAUAAUAAUUGUAGCUUCUUAAUAUCAGUCUGUUUGGUGUCCAGGUGUAGUUUUUGUAAAAUCGUUCUUUUUUUUUUAUUUUUAAGUUAUUAUUUUACUUUGGUUGUGUUUGUGUAAAUGCUAGGAUCCAGACGAAUGGCGCAAACUUGCAGUACAUAUCCAGGGCUGACAGUUGUGAGGAAGACGGCGGAAAGAUGAAGCUGCAGAGCUGGCCGACGUUUCGCUCAUCGAGGUCGCAGCCCCGAGAAAAAAAGAGAGACAGAGAAAGAGACGACCUCUGAACCCAGAUUCAGGUUGAUUCACGUGUCUCGCAGCUUCUCAGUCAAACUCAGAGAGAGAGUUCACAGACAGAAAAAUAAUCUAUUUAAGGAGAAUCAAUCUGGAGGUUUUUGCUCCGGCUGCCUUUUCAGCUGCAGGCGAUGAAUCAACAUGUUGCUCCACCGAAAAUUCAUCUCCAACAUUCGUAUUUGCUCGAAUGAAAGAAUACCCGAGUCCAAAGUUAGCAUGUUUAGACUGCGCGUGUUUUGCUUUUUGCAAAACAGUAAGUUUGUGUCAUUGUUUUUUUUUUUGUUCACUUUUUAAAAUCCAUAAUCUGAAAAUGUUCGUGGAAUAUUUGAGAGUAGGCAUGGGCCGGUAGGAGAUUCUCACGGUUUGAGUGAAAAUGCUGUUUACACUAAAAUGUAAGAAAAAACAAAACUUAAUCUUCAAAGCAGGAAAAAAUAAUUAUUCAUGCUGUUGUUAAAGUAAUCUGAUGAAAGUAGUCAUAAUAAUGUGAGUUCUUGCCUUUAUUUUUGUUAUUAUGAGUCAAAAUGGAACAAAAAUACAGAAACCUUUGAAAUGUUUUCAGAUAUUUAUUGCCAAAAACAGUUUUCCUAUUCUGAUCCUUAUUCACCUUGAUCCAGUUAUCAACCAGGCUGUUUCUGAGCAAAUAUGUAUUAAAAAACAUUGGAAAAUCAACGCUUUGAAUGCGACCUAAAGUCUGACUAUAUAUACCAGUGCAUCAAUCCAUACAGAGACUGGAGGUAAAUAUGGAAUAUUUCUGCCCUUUUAAUGUUUUUAAAUCACAGAUUAGAUCAAUUUUAGUUUGAAAAUCUGGUCCGGUUUGUUCAUGUAGUGAUGAAUCACUCCAGAUCCUACAACACAACAACCCUAAUCGUUUUUAAAAUGUAAAAUCAGAUCAGAUUUUUACAGGAGUUUGUUUACAGCUGGGACUUCUAUGCGAGGACCGGGCCACCUGUGAGUGAUUCAUGGCAGGAGAACUCGUUAAUAAUAGGAAGAGCAAAAAAGGCUUUUACUGUUGUCAGAAUGUCCUGCAACACUGGAAAACGUCUCCAGAUUUAUCUAUAAAUGAAAAAUUAUCUGUAGUAGCAUACUUACAAGCCUUCUUUAGUGGCUUAAUUUAGGUUUUUCAGCUAAAUUCAUGUUUAUUUUUUGUCUGCUGGUGACCAAAGGAAAAUAAUGUAGUGAUUAAAGGAAUAGUCCUGACUUUACUUUGAAAGGUUUGAUGCAACGUUAUUCUUUAAAAAGCUGGAUUAAAGGCUCAGAUACUGAUGGCGAAACAGUCAUUUUUAUUGUGAUCGUCACAAAGAAGAAGUAGCUGCGAUGUCAUUACAAACGUGCGCAAAACGUUGUCGAUGUUUCGCUAAUGUCAAGAAAGGCAAUUUUACAAUUUAAAUAAGAAAUUCAAUUAAAACCACGUGCGAAUGAAUCUGCUCAUGCGUUAGGUCAUUAAAAAAACUUAAUGACAUCAUCUUCCUACCACUUCCUGUCGUUUUCUUAGUUUUCUGCCAGUAGUAACAUCCUGUUGAUCACAUGACUCACAAUGUGGAAAAAGUUUCCGUUGCAGAAAUGCACUCAUUUCGAUACAGGCAAAAAAAGUUUCCUCAUCCUGAGGUAAAAACUUUUUAUCAAAAGACGUGUUUGACAUUUAUUAAAAUACAGUUUGUGAAAUGAUAUGACGAUGGAACAGCUACAGAAAUUAUGCCUGUUUGGUUAAUCAGGGUUAUCUUUUGAACUGCAGUCGCUUUACACGCUUGCUGCUCGUCGUCAACUUGUACUUUUCCAACUUUCUAACCGUAAUAGUAACAAAAAGUGGGACUCUUUCAGUUUCCAUGUUAACAGGACAUUGUGCAGCAGCAGGUGAGGGAGGGGCAGGACACUAAACGCUCCAUACAGCCAGAGAACAAAGCUAUUUUUCUCCAAUCAUCCCAUCUAAAUGUUUUGCGUUUCGCGCCAAUAGCUUAAGCUUUUUAAAGAUGUACAUGAAAACCUCUGGGCGUCUUGGUGAGCCCCGAGAUGCUGCCUGGCCCAUGCCUAGCGGAGAUGCGUUUCACUGCAUCACACAAACAUCAUUACAGUGAGUUUGACCUUGACCCUGCUCUUGUUUUCCAUCUCCCAUCAUGCUUCACCUUGGCCCUUUCUUCUGAUUGCUCUUCAUUGAAAGCACUUUAUGGUUUUUUCUUUUCACAUCGCCAGCUGUUGCUUCAUUCUUCAGCUUUUAUGUUUUUUUUUUUUUUUAAAGAAGCAGCAGCCAUUUAUCGAAGGCAAAAAGAGAGAGAAAAAUCUAAUGUUUUCUUCUCUGGUUGGCAUUUGGCGGCGGCUUAGUUUUAGAAAAGUCGAUUUUCAUUAUUGCAGUCCCUCGGUUGGUUUUAUAAUUGACUGCACUUUUUUUUUUUCUUUAUAAUUGAAUGAUUUGAAGCUAAGCUGACCUCCGGGUGUUUGGGUUGGUGAAAAUGACAUUCAUUGAGGACGCGGAGAGCCGAGGGAAUAUUGAAGGGACCACCUGUUUUGCGUUGUUUUUCUUUCUCACGAGAAGCAAUUCAUCCAGGUUUCCUUCUUGUCCAAAUCAACCCGCGAGAACCUGCAAUUUGCAACAGUUUGCCCUCAAUUUGCGCGUGUCAUUUGAGUUUUCAUUCCCCUCUUCGCUCCCGUUUGUCAUCACUUUUUCCUUUUGAAUGUUUUUCCUUUCUCCUGUUGUGUGUGCGGUUUAUUUUAUUUUUUCAUUUUAUUUAUUAUUUUCCUCUCAGUCUGAGGUGUUUCUGCAGCAUAGAAAAGGAAAAAAAAAAAAAAAAUGAAGCAAACAUCAGAAAGGUACUGCCGUGACAUCAAUUUGUGAAACACUUACGAGUGAAGGCAGGGCUCGUUUUUCCGAUAAAUUUCCCGGGGAGCGCGUGGAGAGGAUCUGACCUCGGUGUGUCGGCUUGCGGGGCCUUUUGGCGCCCGUGUAGCAGUAGUUUGUAGCUGAUGAUUUCUGCAAAAAGGAGAAAAAAACAAAAAACGCACCAACUCUGGGCUCUUUGCAGCAGUACACCUGUGCUCUUGUCGAACACUGUAUUAUUUUCCAUAAGCACCAUCCAUAAUUCACACGCUCCUGCAUCAAAUAUUGAGCAGUGAAACGGAGCUGAGAGGUCAGGAGGGCCUGCUUCUCGUGUAAAAACCGCCGCGCUCCUUCGCAGAUUGUCUUUUACUCCACCCUUUUCCUUCGCAGCAUCUGUUCUGGUUCUUUUUUUUUUUUUUUACAUUGCUUCAGUUGCUUGAGAUAAUUGAUGCAGAAGAAUAAAAAAAAUCAAAAAAUUUCUUAUCGGUAGAAACCUGCUCAUUUUCAGUCUCGGAUGCGUGGACAGCGUUGUAAAUGAAGGAAAGAAAAGAUGAAGAAAAAAACCACACACAGGUUAAGGCUUCGCUCACUUUCAUGUUUUCUUCUCGAGAUUCAGCACCGACUCCUUUUUAUGUCAUUGAUCGAUGGUGUUUUGUAAUGUAUAUCUGCAGUUGUUGUAUUGUGCGCUCAGCUUGGAGGCGGCGGCGGGAAAAGGUUGAGAGAGCGAGACGCCGCUUCUCCUCCCAGAAAGAACUGAUAAAGCCUUGCUUCGGACUGGACAAAGCCCAUUUCCUGUUUAUUUAUCUUCUCAUUCCAGCUGAGAGGAAAUGUUUUACUUUUGUCGUUUUUUUGUUUUUGUUUUUGUUUUUUUUUUAUAGAAAUGCUCUCCGUGAUUCUUUUAGGUUGUAUGAAGCCGUUUUAAUUUCUCACGAUCCAGAAGCCACCCAACCUCUUUUUAUUUUUCUUCUCUUUGAGCAGUAAAACCUAAAACCUAAAGUCAAGCUAACGGCACCAGCUACUACUUGUGACAAACAUGUACAUAGAUAUAAAUUUAUAUAUAAAUAUAUAUAUAAAUGGGUCUUUGCACAAGUUAUCUCUGUGUCUGCUCUGUGUGAUUUUAACAGGAAAAAAAAAAAAAGCAAAAUGUGGAAAAAAAGAUUAGGCAAAAAAAAAACAACAAAAAAACAACUUUAUAUAUGCUUUACAGUUCUUUGUCUCAUUAACAUUUUGCACUUAUUUAAAGAGGCUUUCUUUGGUUUCUGGGCUGACGGAGCUGUUUUCACGCUCUGCUGAGAUAUUGUACAAUAUGUAUAUGUAUUUUUAUUCAUAUGCAUAUAAAUAUAUGUCUAUGUAAUUUGA